CGAAUUUUCCACUUAAACCAACUUACCUUCACAAACACUUUACUCCCUCAGGAAAUUUUCAAUGGAAAGAACCUACUUGAUUAAAACAGAAUUUUACACAUAAUAUGAAACACUGGAAAAGUAUUUCCGUAGUGGGCAUUGUUCGUCGAAAGGAAUUUAUUUUUUACACUAUCCCUAUAGGCGAUGACGAUAACAAUGCACCGUCUAUCUAAUGAAUUUACUUUGCUUCUGUUAAUUUCUAUCGCUUAUGGAUAUAACAUUGAUACAGAGUUUCCUAAGAUAUUCAGCGGGCCCACUGGAUCUUAUUUUGGAGUUUCUGCAGAGAUUCUCAAAACCGAUUUAAAUAAUUGGAUACUUGUUGGUGCCGUUCGUGAUAAUUUCACCGACAGACCGGAAAUACCAAAUCCAGGAAAUGUGUAUGCAUGCCCCAUUAACUUCAAAGAAGAUGCAGAAUGUUUUGUCCUAAGCAGUUUACGAUCUACUGAAUCUACUGGAAUAAGCAAACCUGACAAUGUGUUCGAACAGAGGGAGCAACUUUUGGGAGCCAGUAUACAUAUAUCCAAGGAUCCAAGUAAAUCUAUAUUGGUAUGUGCUCCGACGUGGAAAAACUUAAGGUUGUUCAACGCAUUUGACACAAAUACCGAUUCAUACUUAGUUUCCGGCAACUGCUUCCAACUUAGGAACAGGAAUGACCUUAAUCAAUCCACUCUAAACAUGUUUCGUAUGAAUCAGACAAUAAUUUCAGAUGUUUACAUUAAUCCGGAGAUUGGAUUUUCCAUCAUAGAUUCACCGCAUCCAAGUUUUGAUAUAAUAUUUGGUACACCAAAUGCUGGUCUUGGGUCCACAGGUGGCACAUUCGCUCAAGUAAAUCUCGGCAGACAAACCCACCCUUUUAUCAUAGAGAGGUCUGACCUUCUUUCUACUUAUCAAUCAGGAUCAUACUUUGGAUACAGUUUAGCCUCAGGCAAUUUUGGAGAAUCCGGGUAUUAUUACGUAGUGGGAGCACCUGGUUUCAGUAAUCAAAAUGGCGUCAUUGGCUCGUUUUCGAUCAUGGCAUUCAAUGGAGUAACAGAGAGACAAGUGAAAUUAAUAGAAGGGCUGCAGACAGGAGGAGGUUUUGGACAAACAUUAGCUAUAGCUGACGUAAAUGGUGACGGGAAUGACGAUAUCCUGGUCGGGGCACCAAAUUCCUAUUUAAAUAGAACGUCUAGAAAUAGAGUUAUAUACGAUGUCGGUGCUGUUCACAUCUUCUACGGAACUGGAUCAAUGGCUACUUACGUUGAACAAGAUCCUCACACUGUUCACGGGGCAAACACUCAGGGAUCAAGAUUCGGAACUGCGAUAUCUACCGUGGGGGACUUAAACAAGGAUGGUUUAAAUGACAUUGCCGUCGGUGCCCCAUAUGAGGAAGGUAUUGGAGUAGUCUAUAUAUUCAAUGGAAACAAACCUAGACUUGAAGACACGUUUUCGCAGAGAAUUCUUGGCAAAGAUAUUAAGAUGGGGUUAUAUGGUUUCGGUUAUUAUAUAUCCAAACGUGGUCAAGAUCUGGAUGCUAAUGAGUAUAACGAUUUUGCAGUCGGUGCUUACAAAUCAGAUGACGUAGUACUGCUGAGAGCACGACCCAUCAUAGAGAUCAAGUCCGCCAUCAGCAUCAAUGAAAGUCCUGUUCCAUUAAGUUCAACGGGAACAACCUGUGAAAUUCCUGGAUCCACCAACCCAUGCUUCACCUUUAAUGUUUGUCUAAACUUCACAGGCGAGGGCAUCAACAACACUUACAUAGACUUGCAUAUUAAGGCAGAUGUAGAGAGUAAAAGACCUAGAGUUCUGUUUGACAGCCGGCAGAAUAAGAUAAAUGUAUCAUUGUUAGAAAUCUUCUCCAACAAGAAUGUUUGCCUGAAUUUUACACUCCGAAAUGAAAUAGUUGAUCGACAAUUUUUUUCGGCCAUCGAAAAACCUGUAGUUUUGAAAGUAACUUACCGAUUAAGUACUCAGUAUAUUCCGUCCAAUGUCAGGGCCAUUUUGAAAAGAAAUGCAUCAAACAUAGCUAAAAGUCAGGUUUCAUUCGAUACUGGAUGUAGAAAUAUGACAACUUGCUACUCCAACCUUGAUAUUGUCUCAAAUUUGGACAAGACAAGCUUCAAGGUUGGAAGUGAUACAGAUAUAAGUAUGAAUAUUGUGAUAAAGAACUCUGGGGAACCUUCAUUUAGCACAUCGUUAAGAAUACAACAUCCGACAAUAUUUGAGUAUUCUGGUUACAAAAUGGAAAGCCUUUCUGAGCAAAUAACAUGUAAAACAAAGUCCGCCUCUACCGAUAUAUCGGAAUUUCUGUGUUAUCUGGACGACCCAUUUUAUCCUCAUAUGGUAGUAAACAUCACAGUGUAUUUCUACUUAGCUAGAAAUAUGAUCUCUAAUCCGGAAUUGAUAACAUCUCCGGUUUUGAAUUUUGUCACCCUAGCCUCGACCAAUCACGACACUGAUGUGAAGGAUAACGAAGAUGUAGAAAUUUUACGACUUAGUUUGCUGACGGAUGUUUCACUAAAAGUAUCCUCCUCAGAUGAGCAGAUUCUGGCAACAAAUAGCAGUGUGCAAUUCACCAAUACUUAUACCUUAUACAACGAUGGCCCAUCUCCGAUUGAAAAAGCAUUGAUUUACAUAUCUUUUCCCGUUAAAUAUGAAGAUAGAGUAAUGAUAGAUCGAGAAAACUCACUGCCAUCUGUAACAAAUGUGGGCGAUACCUGCAUUUUAAAGUACCACCCAGAACAACUCAAGUCAUCUUUGAUGAAAACGUCGUUGACCUCAGAACCUGGUUUAAUCAGGGAUUUAAGGAGCGAUUUGAAAUUACAACCGUUUACAGAGCGUUCAGAAACAUCACAGACUAUGUUCUGCGAUGCUUUGGACAAUGGUUACGACUGUGCUGUCGUGGAGUGUAUCGUGUCUAAUGUAAAACCAUCAGAAACGGACAGCAGGGCGUUUACAAUGGCAUUUCAUAUGCAAACUUCAAUGCUUCCACCUUUACAAAAGGGAAAGGCUUUUUUGACAUUCGUGGUGCAGGCAAAUGUUUUUCCUGCACCUGGAACAAGAAUUCCACUGGAAUUUGUCAAGAAUGUUACUGGAGAGGUAUCGGUGAACAUUUUACUGUCAGAAUCCUUUUAUCAGCCAGCAGAGGAAAUCGACAUUUGGAUCAUCAUAGUGGCGUGUCUCUUCAGUAUACUGCUAUUCAUUAUCCUCGGGAUCAUCUUAUGGAAGUGUGGAUUUUUCGAGAGGAAGAAGAGGAAAGAAAUAAAUGCAUUUAAAAGAAAAACCCAGAUGUCUAUCCGAAGUGCUCGCAGUGGGCGCAGCGGCGCUGCAGGCUCAAUAAAGAGCUCGAAAAGUAUACCCACGGGUUCAUUUAGAGUGAAAAAGAUGGGAGAUGACCACGAGAAACUCCACGAUAAAAAUGCGUCGGACAACACGAUCGAUUGACUGUUAACAACUCAGGAAUAUGA